GACGGCUGCCCGUUCAUCUGCCCGAGGCAUCAGUGCAAGCAGCGGGGGUGCCGGGCAGCAGUGGCCGUGGUGUGCCGCAGCUGCCCCUCCUCCUGGUGCUCCCUGCAUGUGCCGCCCUCCUCUCUCGACUGCGAGCCCUCGUUUCUGAGAAGGUUCCGCGUGCAGCCGCAAGUGCGCAUCACCAUCUGCCCCUCCUGCCAGGAGGUGGAGCAGAGCGUGCCCUUCCAGAGCCACAACGUGCCCGGGGGGGCUUCUUCUGUGCCGGCUGUGAGAGGGCAUCAACCGCCCAUGCACGUGGCCGCACAACAGCAAGAGCAGCAGCAGCAGCAACAGCGGCAGCAGCAGCAGCAGCAGCAGCAGCAGCAGCAGCAACAGCGGCAGCAGCAGCAGCAGCAGCAGCAGCAGCAGCAGCAACAGCUGCAACAGCAGCAGCAGCAACAGCUGCAGCAGAAGCAGCAGCAGCAGCAGCAGCAGCAGCAACAGCUGCAGCAUCAGCAGCAGCAGCAGCAGAAACAGCAUCAGCAACAGCAGCAACUGCAGCAGCAGCAGCAGCAGCAGCAGCAGCAGCAGCAGCAGCAGCAGCAGCAGCAGCAGCAGCAGCAGCAGCAGCAGCAGCAGCAGCAGCAGCAGCAGCAGCAGCAGCAGCAGCAGCAACAGCAUCAGCAGCACCAGGAACAGCAGCAACAGCACCAGCUUCGGCAACAGCACCAGCAGCAGCAGCAGCAGCAACAGCAGCAGCAGCAACAACAACAACUGAUGCAGCAACGGCAGCAACAGGUGCAGCAGCAGCGGGAGGCAAGUCAAGGCAGAGGAGGGGCGGCAGGUGGGGCGAGAGAGAGUGCAAUGAUGGCUGGGAUGGGUGCAGGUGGGGGCAUGGGGACAGGUGGGGGCAUGGGGACAGGUGGGGGCAUGGGGACAGGUGGAGGGGCGCGGGGAGUGGGUGAGCUGCAUGGGGUGGCAGGGAUGGGCAUGGGAGCACAAGGGGUGAUGGGUCAGAAUUCCCCUGUCAUGGGCAUGCAGUCCCAGCAGCCGCAGCAGCAGGCGGGGCAGCAGCAGGUGAUGGGACAAGGCGUCACGUCCGCAUCCAGCCAGCAGGGGCAUAUCAUGGGGCUGCAUGCACCAGCAGCAGCAGCAGGGGUGGGGGCUCCAGGCAUGGCAGCAGCAGCAGGUGGGGCAGCAGCGGCAAGGGAGUGGGCGGAGGUGUUGGAGGAGAUUCGGUUUGUGCCCAACAACCGCCCUGCUGACAUCUUCAACCUCCUCCAGCUGGUGAGACGGUCUUUAAGGCAAGGUGAGACGCGCUUUAAGGCAAGGCAGCAAAUAACUGUCACUGAUUCAUUGCCAUCCACCCUGCCAUCCCGCACUCCCCAUCCACUCUCUCUCUCACAAUCAUCUUCUCCCUUCCCAUCUGCCCGUGUGUCGCCUCCCCCCCACCAGGCGCUGCCACUAGCGAGAGCACAGGGCUUGGCACCCGAGGCCCUGGCAGUGUUGGAGCGAGCUGCCUCCGCCGCCGCUGCUGCUGCUGCCGCGCCCGCCUUGUCCCUCCCUGCUGGCCCCAGCCCCGGCUCCCACCGCCCCUCCGGCGCUGCUGCUGCUGCCAAGUCCAUGGCCCUGCAGAGCACACCCACAGCAACACAACACAGCGCCAAGGCCACCCAGAGCAGCAGGCUCUGCUCAUGCAGCCACGUGCUCCUCUCCUCCACUCCACCGUACACCAACCCACCGUCCCCUUCCACCCCGCACCUCCCUUCCCCUGCUCCUGCCCCAUUACCAGGGAGCCGGCUGCAGGCCCCCAACAGGCCCCCAACAGGCCCCCAGCAGCCCCCCAGCAGGCCCCCCCUCCACGCGACAUCAAGUGCACCGGCCUGCUCCCCUCCACCCCCACGCGCCCUCCCUUAA